CUCGAAACAUGGCGCAGGCGGCGAGAAGUAGUCGACCCGCUGGCCUGCCUGUGUCGGUGGUCGAGGACCACGACGAGGCUCUGCAAGUGAUCUACAGAGCCAUUGGGAGCAAAAGACUACCUCUGAACGGGAACACUCUCGUACAUUUUGACGCUCACCCCGACCUUCUCUCUCCAAGCCUACAGGUAGACCCCACAGUUUCAAUGCUACUGUAAUGCUAUUCUGUUAGGCAGAUGAGUUCUCGGACAAGGAGAAGCUCUUUGCGUACACGAGCAUCGCUGAGUGGAUUAUUCCCGCCGUGUACAUGGGUCACGUUGACUGCGUGGUGUGGCUGAAGCCUCCCUGGAGCCUGCAGGCGAGGGACGGGCAGUACUCCCUGGUGGUCGGCAGGGAGCAAAAGAGUGGAUAUGUCAGAGUCGCUACUCCGCUGGUUUACUUUAUCUCCGGCCAGCUGUUUGCUCCCUCUGACGCACUCACAAACAUCCGAACUGUCCCACUCCACGUUCUGACUCUCCCAGUUCUAGAGGAAUCAUCUCCGACCGAUCCCUCAUUCCCUCUACCUCCUCCCUCCCACCCCCUGCUGGCUACAGCAGAGAGUGAACUAAACAGACUGCUCUCCUCACAAAGUCAGCCAUGGAUUCUCGAUGUUGACCUUGACUUCUUCUCCACAGCAAAUCCCUUCAGAGAUGACUUCUCUCCAGUCAGAACUUUUCCCUACAAUACUUUUUUUUCAUUUGCAGCUGCACAAUUGUCACUUUUAGAGAGAUUAUUUGUUGCUAUUCAGGAAGAGUAUUCCUUUUUGGAGAAGCUUUACAGAUACGACGAACCACUGGACGACUCGAUAAAAAUAGUAGGUGAGAGUGUGAGGAGGAGAGAGGAGCAGGUCGACUCACUGAAGAGGCUCUGGAUGGCUGCAAACGAGGGGGCGGAGCUUACGGAAGUGCACCUCACUCUCACCGAUCGGAAGAUGGUGUUUGAUUUGAGAAGGAAGAUUGGAACAGUGUGUGGUGCAUCUCUAAUGAAGGCUGAAGAUAUACAUGAGGCUGGAAUGAUGAGUGACCUGCCUCACCAUCCAGCCAGUGAGCCUGAGUGGGCGGGGCUGAUGUCCGCCACCUCUCACCUCCUCCGUGCCGUGUUCUCAACCAGUAGACCUUCUCUUGUCACCAUUGCCAGGUCAUCCGAUGAUGGAUAUACACCACCUGGGCAUGUUGAUCAGUUGCAAGACAAGCUAGUGGGUGUGAUCAACAGACUUUGCAACGGACAGAUACACGUACAGCGCCACUACUGAGGGGUUCAUGUCGCAGAGUCAAAAUCUAACUCCUUAUUGACGUUUUGGCAGCAUUCGCGGGUUUUGCAUUAGCAAUUAUCAUAAUCAAAUAAUAAUAAUAAUAAUAAUAGAUGAGAGAGACUUUUGUCUGGCAUUCAUUACAUGAUAGAAAUACAAAAAUAAUGAUAAGAAAACGCUGGCGGAUGGAGAUGAUCAAAUAUGUCAGAAUUUUGAUUUUGAUUCUUAUGAUUGUAAUAGUUAAUAAUGUGUAGGGACAUGCGGCUAUUUUUUGCUUUGAUUUUAACGUAACCUAUAAGUCAACAUGGUUGGGUGUUGCACACAACACACAGGGUAGACGGAAUGAACACAAUACAAACAAACAACAACAACAGCGAAAUUGUUUGUUGUUUACGUUUACGUUGUUUGUUGUGAAGAGUUCAAGUCCGCGGUUAACACGACGGAGGAGCAGCAAGUGUCUUCGUUGGCUGCGGGAUUGUUGCAGUAGACAGCAUUGAUGCUGUACUCGCCAGCGACCGAGUACUGCCGCGACGUGUGGAGAUUACUGAGAUGGGUUUUUGUGCCGGAUUCACUCGCUGCAUCGCCCCAGUUUAUUCCAUAACUGAAUCCCUCGUUGAGUGAGCAGUUGCCAGGAUUGACGCUGAGGUGAAGAUGGACCAGUAGAUCUCUCUCGAUGGAGAUGGUGGUCAGGUUGGACGCUAUCUGAGGACAGCACUUUCUCUGGGCUGUUUCGAUAAAGAAGGGAAAGACCUUCAUGAUAGACUCGCCAAACCCAUCUUCAGCCACCAGGACGAAGGCGUGGGUCCCGGACCCAGCGGCGCCGUGUUGAAUUCAAACAGUCUGUCACAGGAGAUGGCGGGGAGUCUGGAGACCUGGCAGAGCGAGGUGACUGCUCUGCUGCAGUCGUGGGUGGCU